AUGGAUCGCAUCAAGGAGAAAAUGAACAGUCUCCGCCUCGAGGCCGACGAGUCGGCGGUUAAGAUCGACGAGCUGCAGAGCAAGAUCAAGGACCUGGACCAGGAGAACCUGUCGAGAGAACAGGAAAUCACCUCGCUCAAGCACAAGAACAGCCUGCUCGAAGCAGAGAACGAGAAGCUCGAAGCUGCCAUCAAGGACUGCAAGAAGGCUGCCGACGAAGGCCAACAGCAUGGAACCCAAAACGAGACCCUGCAGCGACGGGUGCAGCUGCUCGAGGACGAGGCCGAGGAGGCCGACAAGACCAUGCGCGAGAUGAAGGAAACGCUCCGACAAUCUGACUUGAAGUGCGGCCACCUGGAGCGCAAGGUGCAGGCUCUCGAGAGCGAGCGCGACCAAUGGGAGCAAAAGUACGAGGAGAAGAACAAACAGUACGAAACCAUGAAGAACGACCUGGAGAACCUCCAAGCCGAGAUUGGCAACAUCUGA